CUUAACUUGUAUGUUUGUAAUAAAUUGGGAAUAGAACGUAGUUUCACCAGUCCGUACCACCCACAAACCAAUGGCUUGACUGAAAACGCUAAUAAAUCCAUAAAAAGAGCACUGCGGAAGAUGGUUGAUAACAAUGGGAGUAAUUGGGAUAAAUUACUUGAACCCAUUUUGUUUUCUUUGCGAACUAAAAUACAUGCAACAACAAAAUUUUCACCUUUCCGACUAAUGUUUUGUGAUGACGCAGUGUUUCCAGAAGAUGUCUUAGAUAAUUACACGAUCCCAGAUCUGGAUAUGUUCGGGGAAGAUUUCUGCAAAGAGUACAGCAUGAAUAUGAAAUCGAGACAUGACGCUGACAUUGCGCUGGCCCUAAGUAACAUUGCUAAAGCACAAGAAAAACAACAAAGACAUUAUGCUAAAAGAAAGACUUCUAAAUAUGGGGAAAUAACAGUUGAAGUUGGGGACUCUGUUCUGUUACUGAAUGCUAGACAGAGAACAAGAAAAGGAGGAGUAUUGGAAUCUAAAUAUCGGGGACCAUACAAAAUUAUGAGUGUUGAAGGUAAGAGAGUGAAAUUACAAAUCAUCUCAGGGAAACAGUUAGGAACCAUGUACAGUAUUGCACACUUAAAACCAGUAAAAGAACCAACAACAUUAGCUGCUGAAAGCACAUCAGAGGGAAAAACUGGAACUGAAAUUGGAGUUGGUGACACUGAACCAGAAACACCCACGGAAGAGAUUAGAGAAGUGGAUGGCACUGUAUCUCAUGACAGCAAAGUGGAAAACAUAGAGGUCACAGCAAUAGAAAAAGAGGAAUAUAUAGGGCAAGAUGUGUCAAACAAUGAUACAAGUGAUGCUGAUGACAGCUUUGAUGACAUGCUUACAGAGGAAGUGGAGGACAAGCAAUGGCUUCUGAAAGUAAAAUUGUUAAUGACCAGCAAACACACAGAGAGACUAGAGGCCAAAGUGAGAAACAUAAAAUUAUAUGGCUCUUCAUUUCAUUGCCUGAAACCGAGAAGCUGGAUAAGUGAUGAGGUUAUUGAUGCAUUUUUGAGCUGUGCAGUUGAGAAAGCAGAUGGAAAGGUAGGCUACUUACUGUGA